GAGAGAGAGAGAGAGCACCGACACUCAAAGCAAGUGAGCCAACGAGAAGUAGUAGAGUUCACACACACGCGUACACACUGAGACAAUAAGCAGAAGUGGAGAGUCCUUGGGGCGAGAGAAAAGUGGUUGGCUAUGGCACAGGGUUCUGACAGCAACGACACCAGUUUCACCAGAUCUCCAUCUCCUGGCAAUAAGGAGGACUCCUCUGACGAUGUGAAGAAGGUGUUAAGGCGAGAGAAGAACCGAAUCGCAGCUCAGAAGAGCAGGAUGAGGCAGACACAGAAAGCAGACACUUUACACUUGGAGAGUGAGAACCUGGUGAAAGAAAACGCUGCACUGCGGAAGGAGGUGAAGAGACUGACGGAGGAGGCCAAAUACCUGACCUCUGUGCUGAGCAGCCAUGAGCCUCUGUGUUCAGCACUGAGCUCCCAGGCAUCCGAGAUCAUCUACUCUCCACACGGGGCCUUCCACCAGCCCCACAUCAACUCUCCACGCUUCCAGCACUGACCACGGGAGCACUCCACACUGCCACGGUGUCAAACUCAGGGAAUAAGAGUCCAAGGGGUCAUUUCCUGUGGAAAAUAAUAUGGGACUUGCUAAUUUAGAGUCACAAUGACUCACGUGUAUUUGUUGUUUGUUUUGUAAAGCACACGAAGCAAAGAUUAACUGAGCACAUCUAGAGCUUGUGACGAGAUUGAGUAACUUGAACUGUGGCACAGAGACAUGGCUUCGAAGGGGUGGCCUCAUUAUGUUCGGUGUUCUUCUCAGUGACACACAAAACGAUUGUAAGUGAGCUUUUGUUAAAGCUGAUCACUGGUAGUUAAUUUAUAAAACGUGAUGAGCAAAAUUACGCUAACAUGACUCCCCCCCUCCCCCCCCCCCCCCUAUAUUUUCAUGUAUUGAAUGGUAUUUUCGCUUAGCUUGCACUGCCACCUCAUGGCUGAAUGUUGAAAUAGCAACUAGAGAAAGUUUAGUGUGUGGUAGAAUUCUUAUUGAAUUCACAGUCUGGGUCAUAAACAAAUUGUUUCUGAUUGUAAGAUCCUUUUGUAAAUACAUUCAUCGUACAAGAAUGUUUUAAGAGAUAAAAAAAAUAGGCUGCCACUGCCUGCUGAUAUAACAGAAAGCAUAUGCAGUAACUUUGUAAGUAGUCAUAACGUUUCUUUAAAAAAUUCCAGCUAUAUAGAUGAAACUGAAUGAAGUUUAGUUUUGACACCUACCUCUCUUUCAGUUUUUGGUGUUGUGGAUUCUGCCAAUGCAUGGUUAUGUGGUGCACCCUAGCUUUUGGAAUUUCACAUCCCUGCUAUGUAUACGUUCAAUAUUACUGUUUUCUCAAUUGCCCUACCUACUCAAUUUCUAAACCCCAUAAAUCAAAUGAAUUGUGAUUGACGGUUUCUUUAAUUACUGUAGCAGCAAAAUCUGGAAACACAUCUACUACACGUUCAACUAAAAUCUGAAUGCACUGAUAGAAAUACUGACAUAUCACUUGCAUCACUGUAAUACUGUCAUUUGAACUGCGUUUGUAUUUUGUAUGUUAAAGAGUAACAUGCACUUGCUGAAUUAACUCAGGAAACCAGAGGUUUAGAUUUUGUUCUUAUUAUAUUCACAUGAUAUUUAUUGAAGAUUGUAUCCAAGAGCUGUGGUAAUGCUUUCUCCAUAUUACAGGCCGUAUUUUCAAAGCGUUUCAUUCUAUAAUGAACUCCUAUUGGACAAAAGAAAAGUAUGUUAGUGUUACAAAAUAAAAAACAAACUCCCUUGAGAGCACUCAAGAGAACUUCAAAUAUAGUUUGGUUCCAGUUUUGUAAAAUGAACAAUGGGACUUAAUUAAAGAGUAAAAGCUUUAAAAUGAUGGCCUACGUUUCUUAACGUUGUGAACUUCCGGUGGUAAUCAUAGACAUUAUAGAUCACACAAACAGUCCGGAGUCAGUUUUAAACGUUGAAAGAAAAAUAAACCUAAUAUUUAUACUGUAUAAACCUUGUUUUGGUCUGGACACCAGGUAUCACUAUAUGUCAGGUAUCAGGCAGUGUUGUUCUUCGUUAUAAUGUUAUUAUAUUUUGAAUGUCAGACAAACAUGAAUGUAUUUUUUAUAGUGAUUUUUAGAAUGGUCAGGUCUACUUUUGUAUCAGCAGGGAUUAUAACUGUAAAGUAGUGUUUGAAAGUAUUUUGGACAUUGUAAUUGCAGCUUAAUCAACUUUUUAAGUGUCAAAGUUUGUUGGUAAUUGCAGCUUGUAGUUUUCAAAAUAAAGCUUAAA